GCAGCAAAAGCGGGCAUAUCCGGGGUAUUACAGGCUCUCAUCUGCUGCAAUGCCGACGUGAACGCGCGAGAUAGAAGUCUUUCUACUCCAUUACAUUACGCGGUCACUAACGGCUCCUUGGAAGCGAUCAAAAUCCUGAUUGGGUUUGGCGCCCAGCUGGAUGCGCGGAACCAGACUAGCAAUACUCCACUUCACUUGGCAGUGCAGAAGCAGUGUGAGGAUGUCAUUACAUGUCUCGUUGAGAGUGGCGCGUCUAUUUCGAUCCAAAAUAAUCAAGGCUAUAUCCCACUUCAUACAGCA